AUGUUAACGGAACCGCUACUGAGCGAGCUGUGCGCGAUCUGCAACGGCAACGCGCCCAAGUACCGCUGCCCCAAGGACUCGGUGCGCACCUGCUCGCUGGCCUGCUACAAGCGGCACCAGCAAUGGGCCCAGUGCGACGGGAAGCGCAACCCGGGCGCGUACGUGAAGAAGGCCCAGCUCGCCACCCCCGCCGGCAUCGACCAUGACUACAAUUUCCUGACGGGCAUCGAGCGUGCCUUCCAGCGCGCCGACGACGACGCUGAGCGCCGCGGCCUGGACGCCAAGCGUAGGGUUUUCGGCGAGGCUAGAUUGCAGGCUUACUUGCAGGCCAACCGAAUUAUUGUCGAUCGCGCGCCUGUGGGCAUGAGUCGCCAGAGGGCUAACAAGACGCGCAUCUCCAAGUCGGGUCGCAUUAUCUGGACCGUCGAGUGGCAGCACGCGGACGACACGCGCGAGCUGUAUGAAGCUGCGGCCGACGCGCCGCUGUCGGACUUGUAUGCUACCUUCCUGCAGGAAAAGCGCCACAACGAGGCUAAAAAGAGGAGACGCGAGGAGGAGGAGGAGCACCCUCGGAAGGACGGAGCGGUAGAGCAGACACCUAAGAAGAGGAAGGGCGAGGAGGGAGAGCAUCCGCGGAGAGACGGCACGCCAGAGCAGCCACAGACCCAGACGGACAGCUCGGUCGAAGGGACAAGGGCAAGCCCCUCUCAACAACAACCACACUCCCCGUCCGUCUCAUUCUACCUCAUCAAGCCACACACGCCCUCCUCACAGCCCCGGGUGCUCGUUCCCUUGGACUCUAACCACAACCUCUCCGCCGCCCUCUCCGACCAAGUCAUCCUCGAAUACCCCACAAUCAAAACCCUGCCAUCACCGCCUUCCGCUCCCCUCCCGAAAGGCUUCAUCCUCGAGGAAGACUACCUCAGCCAAUCCAAGAAGGACGCCGAAGAGCUCGACGCCCUGAUAGGCUCCGCUUCCGUCACGGCGUCCGCGGCGGAUAUUGGCCGGAGCAAGGACGGGGCCGAUCAGCCUGCUCGUGCUGAGGCUGCCGCGCUCGAUGACCGCAAGCUGCUGGAGGUGUUGACGCAGGAUAUCAAAGCCCGUAAGUGA